AUCCAAAGAAGCGGCUGGCUUUGCUGCUGCUGUUCCAACCGAAAAGGCGAGGAGAGACGGAGGAGGGGCGGCCGUCGGGAGGAGCGUGAGGCCGCCAGCUCCAGCUCGAGCUCAACCCUGAAGAAGAAGAAGAAGAAGGCCUCCUUCCCUUCCCCCGAGCUCAAGCCUAGAGCAAAGCUCUAGGUGCGGCAUUUGGGUCUGGAUGGGAUUCCCACUCAAUCUGCCGUGCCCUUCUUGCUCUAUUCUCUUUCGAGCGAGCUAGGGUUGGUCCCGAAGGAGCGCAGGAGCGUCGGGGAAGCACAAAUCUGCUUGCCCGCGUGCUCUGAUGGGGCGGUGUGCCGGCUACUUUGGGGUGGAUUUGGGCGCAGCUGCGUCAGGAAGGAGUGUUUCUUGCCACCUCUUUAUGGUUGUUUAUCCCCUCCGUUUGGUUGAGGGUUUAGGAUUUCCCUUUAUAAAUGAGGCGAAAUAUACCAAAAAUACUUGUUUCAAAAAUAAUAAUACCAAAAAUAGAAGACGAAUAACCCUCUGGAUGCCCCAAAAGGGAGCAACACCCAGCUACUUUGUGUCUUGCGUAUCUUCUGAAUGGGAAAAGGGAAAGGAUUAGAUUCAUGCUGAUGCUUGUUAAUUUCUUGUGUGUGUUUUGGUGCAUUCCUUGCCAAGACUGAAACUGUAUUCCGAUCAGUAUGUUGUGCAAUGAGAGAGCUAAGCAUGGUGGUAGUACACCACUGCCUCACGGAAUCUUGGUUCGGCUCCGCAUCUUGUACAAGAACAGACGCGGCUGCGAGUUUUGUGCAGCAACUCUAAGCCUGGGAAAAAUACCUCCAGCCUUCUUGCAUUGAACUAGGAUCAACUUUCUUGUGCCAAACCUUCAAAGUAUCUACUGUCUGCUCUACCCAUUUUUUUUACCAACAACUGUUCUGUCUUGUACAGUACUUAUGUCUGCACAUGGAGUCAUCUACAGCUGAUGCCGGUGACAAGCAUCUGGGGAGCUACCUGACAUUGGGUUUGACAGUAUCGCAGUCAAAGAAAGGGGAUACUAAGUUUCCAAAGGUCCUGUCGCUUCUUGCCACAUAUCUGGGCAGAUCAGUUCAGAAGAAUGAAGAAUUACUAGGUUCUAAUGGAAUAAAGGAGUCGACCACCAUCUUUCAUGGCCAGAAGGUGCCAGAUCUCAGUAUACAGCUCUAUGCAGAGCGCAUUUUCAAAUAUGCCGAGUGCAGUCCAUCCUGCUUUGUGUUGGCACUUGUCUACAUGGAGAGAUAUCUACAGCAGCCAAAUGUGUACAUGACGCCCUUCAGUGUUCAUCGCUUGCUGAUUACAAGUGUGGUGGUUGCUGCCAAAUUCACAGAUGAUGCGUUUUUCAACAAUGCAUUCUAUGCUAGGGUGGGAGGAAUCAGCACAAUUGAGAUGAAUCGUCUCGAGCUGGAUUUGUUGUUUAAUCUGGACUUCAGGCUUAAAGUGAACCUAGAGACAUUCGGGAGCUACUGCUUGCAGCUGGAGAAACAUGCACCUGUGUCACCAGAGAGACUGCCGGUUCAGGUUCAUUGUGUCAGUGUCAAAGGAUCUAAAGAUUUGAGCUAUAGCAGCAGUGCUAGCGCCGACGAGUUUUGCCAGAGCAAGCUUGUUCGCCAAAGCUACAGCAGUCAGGCUCUCCAAGGAUGCAGCUGACCAAUCUAUUUAUGGCCUAAAGUUUUGCAAAGCACGUGACCUGAUUACUGAUAAUUCUUUUAGAUCUGACAUUUGUGGAUUCAGAUUGCAUUAAGUUGUUCUGGGGGUGUUUGAUUAGUAGGGCUUUGAUUCUACUCCCUCUGUAAAGUAGAUGAUCUAAACGAUCUUAUAUUUCUUUACAGAGGGAGUAUUUUACUUCUGUAACACUGUAAUUCUUGCAAACCACUUUGUUUAAAAUGUUCACAAUCGAGUUGGGAAACAACAGGUCUGAACAUUGUUCAUGUCCUGUGAUAUCCAAUGCCGCGGUUUAACCGGUUCUGUUGCCAAGUAGCCUGUCGGCAAAGAUGAAUCAAGGUUUUCCAAGAUCUGUGAAUGGACUGUUCA